GGGCCAAGGAGCCCCAGGGUCCCUUGCUCAACAUGGGCCCCCCACAGCUGUGGCUGCUCCUGCUGCUCAGCAGUGGUGCUUUGACACAAAAUGACGGGUCAGAAAAUCCAUCUUGCUCAAAAGACACAACCAGAUUUAAGCACUUCAGAAAGUAUGUCUACAACUAUGAAGCGGAAACAACAACUGGAGUGGCAGGAACAUCAGAUUCACGAAGUGGUUCCAAAAUUAGCUGCAAGGUUCAGCUGGAAGUCCCACAACCAUGCAAAUUUGUGUUGCGGACAAGCCAGUGUAGCCUCCGAGAAGUGUCCAGUAUUGGCCCUGAUGGAAAGGCUUUGUUAAAGAAGUCGAAGAACUUAGAUGAGUUUGCUGCUGCCAUGUCCCAGUAUGAGCUGAAAUUUACUGUUCAGGAUGGACAGGAGAUUGAGCUAUAUCCUGAGGAAAAUGAAGCCGUACACAUACUUAACCUCAAGAGAGGCAUCAUCUCCGCUCUCAUAGUGCCAGCAGAGACAGAAGACAAUGUCCGUACACUUUCUAUGGAUACUGUAUAUGGGAACUGUGACAGUGACAUUGAAGUGGAAUCCAGGAAAAGCAACACAGCUGCAGAAAUUUCAAUCAGAAGAAACCUGAAAUCCUGUGAUAAAUUCAACCCCAUCAGAGACUAUGUCAGUCCAAUUGCUCUCAUUAAAGGCCUGAACGUACCCUUAUCCACUUUGAUAAGUAGCAACCAGCAUUGUAAGUACAGCAUCGACACAAAGAAAAAGCAUGCAACUGAAGUGGUCUGCUCUGAAAAACACCUGUUCCUGCCAUCAUCAUACAAAAAUCAGUAUGGCAUGAUGGCCCAAAUCACACAGAGUCUGAAACUUGAAGACACCCCCAAAAUCAAUCACAGAGACAUGGAUGUUUCAGGUCUGGCGAAGAAAGGACUAGGUUUGGAGGGCACUGAGACCAAAUCUCACAGGCACGGUGAUGCUGUUCUGAAGGUCCUCCAGGAGUUGCAGAAACUUUCCAUCUCAGAGCAGAACCAGAAAAGAGCCAGCCUCUUUUACAGAUUCGUAACCGGACUGAGGGCCUUACACAAUCGCACCCUGAGUGCCCUUGUGCCAAAGUUGAUGGAAACUUCCAGUGCAGUCACAAUCCAGGCUCUGACUCAGUGUGGUACCCCAGAGUGCUUUGGAGCUAUCCUUCAAAUACUGAGGACUGGCAGUGUCGAUCCACUUGUGGCAGAUGCUGUCACAUACAGCCUGGGGCUACUGCCUUCUCCGUGUACUAAGAGGAUACGAGAAAUCCUUAACAUGGCUCAAUUUCAUCCAAGCCGAGCAUCCUUUUAUGCUCUUAGCCAUGCUGUGAACAGAUUCUAUGACGAGAACAGGAUUAUAACCGAGGAAAUCAAUGACGUUGCAAAUUUCAUGACAUCGCUGAUUGGCAACAAAUGUCAUGGGGAUGACGAACUCACCUAUCUGACUUUAAGGGCCAUCGGCAAUAUGGGAAAAGUAAUCGAAGCCGCCAACCCUGACAUGAAACGCUCUCUAAAAUCAUGUAUGAUGAACAGUGAUGCGUCAACUGCAGUCCAGAAAGCAGCUAUCCAGGCUCUGAGGAAAAUGACCAUCACUGAUGAGGACCAAGCAACACUUGUUGGAGUUUUCCAGGAAACUUCCUACCCAGCUGAUAAGCGUCUGACAGCUUAUCUCAUGCUGAUGAGAAACCCUUCCCAAUCGGACAUUUCCAAGAUUGUUAGAGCUCUUAUGAAGGACAAGAGUGAACAAGUAAAAAGCUUUGUAGCGUCACACAUCGCCAAUAUCUUGGACUCUGAAGAACCUGGCAUUCAAUUGCUAAAAGACAAAGUGCAUCACGCUCUCAAAGGAGCCCAACUUCCAGCCGCCAAGGAUUUCCAAAGGUUUUCACGAAAUUACCUGGUUUCCAAAACGCUUUCUGUGCCUGGGUUAGAUCCUGUUUCAGCAAAAGUGGAAGGGAAUCUACUGUUUGAUUCUAGUUACGUUCCCAAGGAAUCUAUGCUGAAAACCACACUGCAAUUGUAUGGACUCAGUUCUGUGGAUAUUUUUGAGAUUGGCUUGGAGGGAAAAAGUUUUGAGCCAACGCUGGAAGCCAUGUUUGGACCAAAAGGGUUUUUCCCUGACACUGCCAGCAAAGCUUUAUACUGGGUCAAUGGCAAGGUGGGAGAUGAUGUUUCCAAGGCCCUCUCUGAGUAUUUCGAAUACCCCAAAGAUGAAAAACAGGAUCAGGAUAUCAUGAAAGGAAUUAUGCUUAAUCUUCAAAAACUAAUUGAAGACAUGGCUACCAGAGAAACCCCUGAAGCUACAGCUUUCCUCAGAAUCCUUGGCGAAGAGGUCGGCUACCUGAAACUCAGCGAUUUUAAGCUCUUGGGAAAUCUGAUCUUGAAAGGCUUUAAAACUUUGGCGAGCAUCCCAGAAAAGAUUGCCCACGCCAUCUCAACGGGGACUGAGAAAGAUUUAUUUGUGCACUACAUCUUCAUGGACAAUGAAUUUGAGCUGCCAACGGGUGCAGGGUUACAAUUACAAGUCGCUUUGUCUGGAGUAGCUACCCCUGGAGCAAAAAUCGGAAUGAAAAUUACUCAGAAGAGUAUGCAAGUUGGACUGGUCGCUAAACCCUCAGUGGCAGUUGAGUUUAUAACUCAUGUAGGUGUGAACAUGCCAGAGUUUGCUAGAAAUGGCGUGCAAAUGAAUACCAAUCUAUACCAUGAGUCUGGCAUUGAAGCCAAUCUUGCAGUGAAAGCUGGGCAGCUGAAAUUAAGCAUUCCUUCUCCAAAGACUCCCACAAAGCUCUUCAGCAUCAGCAAUGCCUUGCAUUUGGUCACCUCAACCCGAACUGAAGUGAUUCCCUCUUUGGCUGAGAACAGAGAGUCUCGGAGAUCGUGUAGGCCUUUCUUUGCUGGCCUUGACCUCUGUACCAGAAUAGAAUACUCUGAUGCCAGCAACUCAGAAACCACACCUUACUACCCUCUCACUGGGGACACCAGGUAUGAAAUUGAAAUACAGCCAACAGGGGAAGUAACAGAAUAUACUGCAAGUGCUAAUUAUGAAAUAGAGAAAGAAGGAAUGGAUGUGCUUAAAACUCUCAAAUUCAUUGUUCAAGCAGAAGGUGUAAAAGACUGUGAAGCUGCUCUGAUCUUCAGAUACAACCAAGACAGAAGGAUUUUCACUGGUGACUUGCAGGUUCCCAGUUUCAAUAUUGAUGUUGGUACCAGCUUCAGAAUGACUGAUGAGUCAACUCGGGAAAGAAAUGCAUACACAUUUAUUUUAGACAUCAACAAUAAGAAAAUUCCUGAAGUUACUCUUACCGGACGCAUGGGAUACAUUGUCGGAAGAGAGUCAAUGCUAGGGGCUGUGAUCUCUAUUCCUCGUCUGCAGACUCAAGCUAGAACAGAAGCCCUUCUGCAACGGUCAUUUAACGGGUUAAUGUUCCAGAUUGAUUCUUCCGCCACAGCUUACGGUUCCUCCAUUUCAGAGAGAAUUGUGGUUCAAUACGAUGAUGAGAAAGUUGAUGUACAGUGGAAUUCAGGCUCCCGGGCUGCCCUAAAGAAAAUGUCAGCUAACAUACCUGUGGACUUUGGGGAUUAUUCAAAGGCUUUGCAGAAGAAUUUCAAUGAACUACUGGAUCACAAAGUAGACUACUCAGACAUGACACUCCGGCAUAUUCUUUCAGGUUUAAUAAAAGCUACCAAUACGUGGGCACAACAAGCAUCCAGGGGGUUUCCUUAUGCCCAAACUCUACAAGAUAAAUUAAGUGGACUGAAGAAUAUUAAUUUUCAGAGUCCGCCCUUUUUCAACAUUCCUGAAGAACUUUUCUUGAACAGCGAUGGCCAGUUUAAAUACAUUUGGAACAAGGAGAGCACUACCAUUACUGUCCCACUGCCAUUUGGCGGCAGAUCAUCCUAUGACAUGAGGAUGCCCAGGACUAUAAAGACACCUGCAUUGGUGAUGGAGCCACUGGCAAUCAACAUGCCAUCACGAGAGUACAGGCUUCCACCGUUCACCAUCCCAGAAUCGUACACGCUUCGAGUACCUUUGCUGGGUGCUGUUGAGAUCUCUUCCAAUGUGUACAGCAAUUUCUAUAACUGGUCAGCCUCUUACUCCUUGGCUAAUAGCACAAAGGAUGCACACAACCUAAGAACAAACUACCACUUAAGAGCAGACUCUGUUUUGGAGCUACUGUCAUAUAAUAUACAAGGUCAAGGAGAAACAAAUUAUGAUCAAAAUAUGUUCACCUGUACGUUUGUCAACUCCAUGCAACACAGCCUCCUCAAUUCCAAUUUUAAAUUCAACAAGGCAAACACAUUUGGACCCACGCCCACCGUGAGAAAUGCUCUUUGGUUCGAGACUUCCAGUCCCCUGGGUGUCCAGUUUUCUCUGUCUGCUGAUGAAGAUGCCAAGCUCAGUAACAACUUGUUCACUGAUAAUUUAAAACUGGAAGGACAACUGAAAGUUGCCUCGGCCUUUGCUAAAACCACAUACACACUGUCAAGCAACUUUGAUGCAAUCAACUUUGUGCUGGCAGGAGAAUCGGAUUUGACGUUUGACUCUUCCUACCUUCAGGCAACCAACAAGAUGACUGGCCGGGUAACUGAUGAUGCGUGGACGAUCACAUCGGUCUCAGAUGUACAGAAGGGGUUUCUUACUAACACCGCUUCCUUGAAGUAUGAAAACGACCAGCUGAAGUUGACAUCUGAGACAACUGGAAACCUCAGAAGUCUUGCAGCUCUAAACAAGCUUGACUUAGCCAUUGCCAAGCAAGGGGCUUCAUUUCGCUCCGAGUACCAGGCCACUUACUUACAGAACCGAUAUUAUACCCUGCUUUUGGGCUCCGUUAAUAGCCAGGGUCUUCAGCUGAACACUGAUGUGUCUGCAAACGGUGAAAGAAACAAAGCGGCUCAUAAAUGCUCAUUAACUAUUGACCGGAAUGGCCUGGCUAGCAGUACGACCACAAACGUGAUGUUUAGCCCACUGAUGCUGGAGAAUAAAAUGAAUGCCCAGGUUGGCAUCGCAGGAACUUCCGUGGCAAUGAACACUAUUGGACACUAUGGGAAACACAAUGUAAAAUUUGACCUGGAUGGACGAGCAGCUCUCACUGAACUCAUCGUUGGCAGUUUCUAUCAAAGCAGCCUUUGGGAUGUGGAUGCCAAGAAUGUCUUCAAUUUCAAAGUGAACAAAGAAGGGCUCAGAUUUUCCAAUGGCUUGAUGGGCUCUUACAAAGAAAUGAAGCUUGAACACACACACAAUCUGAACGUUGCCGGCCUAUCUUUGACUUACGCAUCAAGUUUAGACAAUGCCAUCAGCCCAGACAAAUUUCAUAAACAUAGUUUUGACUUCCAGCUACAGCCCUACACUCUCACGGCCAACGUGAACAACAACUUCAAGUAUGGCAAUGCAGACAUAGCUAACGUGGCUCGGCUGCAGCUCGAACCACUGAAGGUAAAUCUUGAUGGGAAUGUAAAAGGCGCUUAUAGAGCUGAUGAAGUGAAGCACACCUACACCUUCAGGGUUGCCGACUUAGCCGCAAACUUUAAGACCGACACAGUUGCAAGCAUUCAAGGUGCUGCUCUUACCCACAGGGUUAAUCUGGAUGUUGCAGGACUCUCCUCUUCAGUCAGCAUCAACACAAAUUGUGACUCAAAAUCCUUACGAUUUUCCAAUGUCAUACGAACUGUUGUGGCCCCAUUUACCGUCACUGUUGACAUGCAUACCAAUGGAGAUGGAAGUCUUUUGAUUAUGGGAGAUCAUACAGGGCAGCUGUACAACAAAUUCCUGCUAAAAGCAGAACCUCUUGCUUUUACCUUCUCUCAUGAUUAUAGGGGAUCCACCAUACACAACCUAAAUUCAGGGAAGAAAUACAGUACGCUACUUGACAACAAAGUCAACGUCCUUUUUACUCCAUCUGAACAAAGAAGUGCCUGGAAACUGAAGAGUGAGAUGAACAACAAUGUGUACACACAGGAUCUUAGUGCUUUCAAUGACGCUGAAAGGAUAGGUGUAGAAAUGAGCGGACAAACUUUAGUAGACCUUUCUGCACUGGACUUCCCUAUCAGUGUGCCAUUUGCAAAUCCUGGAAGAGUCAAUGUAAUUGACAUGUUGGAUCUAAGGGAAGUUGUAGCGAACCCUCAAGAAUUUAGUCUUGCUCUUUCUGUGAAGUAUGAUAAGAACACAGACAUGCAUGUCAUCAGUCUGCCAUUCUUAGAAAAUCUACCUGCAUAUUUUGAGAAAAUUAGGCAUUCCAUGGUAUCUGCACUGAAGUCUAUUCAGAAGACCCUGAGGACCGUAAAUAUUGAGGAUUACACGCGAAAAUACCGUACGGCAUUACACAGGUUUUACCAGGACGUUAAUUAUUAUGUAGAUACUAUCAAUUUGGAAGGCAAAGUGAAUAAACUGAAAGAAAACCUGGAUACUUUCAUGAGGGAUUAUACCAUAGGAAUAGAUGACCUUCAACUUGCUUUGGAAGAUGCUAAGAAUAAUCUUCAACGAACUUUGGCCCAGCUGCAAACUCUCCUGAUAGAAGCUGAAAAGUAUAUCAGAGAGAAUUAUGACCAGUAUGAUCUGAAGGCAGCUAUUGUGCAGCUUAUAGAGAGAAUUGUUGAAAAAAUGAAAGUUAUCGAUCGACAAUACCAAAUCAGCGCAAAAACAAUUGACACUAUUCAGCAACUGCAAGUAGCCAUCUCACAAUUUGAUGCCAAUAAUAUUGGAAGCAGCAUCGCAGCUUGGGUCCAGAAUAUGGAUGCAGAGUAUAAAAUUAAAACUCGGGUGCAAGAUAAACUGAAUGAACUCAAAAGCCAAAUUGAAAGUAUUGAUGUCAAACGUAUUGCGGGUAAUUUGAAGCAUCAGAUCGAAACAAUUGACCUCAGACUAUUUAUAGAAAGACUACAAGUGUCCCAUCUAGUUCAAAAACUGAACCACAUUCUUGAACGAGUCAAAGACAUUCUGCUAGAUUUUAUGGAUGAUUAUGAGAUAUCUGAGAAGAUCAAUGUACUCCGAGGUAAAAUCCAUGAACUGAUGGUCAACUAUAAAGUGGAUCAGCAGGCCAGAGCUCUGCUGGAGAAACUUACAGAGGUUUUGAACCAAGAGAAAAUCAAAGAAACAGUUGACAAAUUAAUCCUGUUAUUGAGAAAACUUGACAUAAAUGUAUUCUUCUAUCAAAUACGGGCAACAAUUGACAAUGCUGUUAACUGGCUCGAAACAUAUGAUUACCAAAAUCUGGUGGACAAAGUCAACAAAUUUCUUGAUGACUUCAUAAAGAAGCUGAGGCGCUUUGAUUACAAUAAGUUUGUGGAUGAAACAAACUACAAAGUCCGGGAAAUAAUACAGAAGAUCAAUGAGGAAAUCAGAGCCCUAGAACUGCCACAGAGAGUGGAAGCUGCAAAACAGUAUCUCAGAGAGGUUGCUGUUGUGGUUUCACAGUAUGCAGAGAAAUUGAAAGAAACUAAACUAGCAAUAAUAUUGGACUGGUUCAACGACCUGCUAAGCUCUACUGCAAUAAGUGAACUUAAAACUAAGAUACAUGAUUAUCUAACAGAGGUCCGUAGUAGAAUUUAUCAAAUAGAUGUCCCAAAGGAAUGCGAGAGGUACCUUGAGAAGGCAAGCCACUUGUACAAAGUAACAGUCACUUACAUAGUUCAUCAAUGGCACAGUAUCUCAAAGAAAAUUACCCAUUUGGCCGAAAAAUAUAAUAUUAAAAAUAUAGCUGAUAAUUUGAACCGGUUUGUUGAAUCUGGAUUUAUAGUCCCUGAAAUCAGAGCAGGAAUAAUCAAUGUACCUGCCUUUGAAGUCAGCCUACGGGCCCUUCAGGAAGCAACUUUUCAAACACCAGGUUUUAUUAUUCCACUAACUAAUCUGUAUGUCCCUUCAUAUCAGGUAAACUUCAACAACUUAAUGGAAAUCAGAAUUCCAGACAGAUUUACUACUCCUGAAUUUACUGUAUUAAAUACCUUUGAGAUUCCUUCUUACACUGUCGACUGGAAUGAAAUCAAAGCGAAGAUAGUGAAGAUGAUUGAUCAAAUUAUUUCAAGUGACUUUCAGCUGCCGGCAUCUGAUGUGUAUUUCAAAAACCUCAGAAUGAAAGACAUGCCCUUUUCUGAUUUUUCUAUCCCAGAAAUGAAUUUGCCUGAGUUACAAAUUCCUGAGUUUGUGAUCCCAAAGCUAAAUCUCAAUGAAUUCCAGUUCCCAGAUAUACAGAUACCAGAAUUCCAACUGCCCCGUAUUCCACACACUGUGACUGUCCCAACAUUUGGUCAACUGUCUGGUACUUUCCAAGCUGUCUCACCCUUCUUUACACUGAGAACUAACGUUGGCUUUCAAAACGUCACAACUUUUGCUCACAGCCCGGAAUUUGUGGCCUCGGUUUCCGCUCUAGCAACGUCCAAAUUCAACUACCUUGAUUUCACCAUUGCUGCAGAUGCUCGUCUCUCAGCUCCUGAGAUGAAACAGCUGAUUUUAAAAGAGACCCUGAAGCUCUCUCACUUGUACUUGAAAGCUGAUCACAGUGGUGAAAUAACGUGGUUGAGGACUUCUGCUCAAGGUAAUGCCGAAACAACAGUGAGUCUGCACAGGGCCAAAAGUGUCAUAGAACUGUACAACAAGUUAACAGUCAACCUGCAAAAGAAGGUUUCCAUGGAGAGCAAGUCAAUGUACACACACAGAUUAAAUGUUCCCCAUAUCUAUUUCACUAGCCAAGCUGAACUAAGCAAUGAGAUAAAAACAGAGUUGGAAGCAGGACGCGUACUGCUGACUUCCACUGGUAAAGGGAACUGGAGAUGGAAGGCUCUUGAUUACUCUGAUGAAGGAACCCAUGACUCAAGUGUCAGUUUCACCAUAGGAGGGCCUGUAGCUGCGCUUGAGGCUGAAAACAGGGUGAAUGGCAAGUUCUUGAGAGUCAACCAGAGACUGCAGUACGAAUAUCGCCUACCAAGUUAUGCAAGCCUUCAGGUUGAAUCUACAAUGGAAUCUCCAGAAUUGGGACUCAGUGUCUUAAACAUAUACGCCUCCGGAGAUCUUGCAAAGGUGAAAACAGAACUAAGUGGCACACACAAUCUGAAACUCAGUGGCCGUGUCUCUGGAACUGUAAAGAACAAUGUGGCCUUCUUGGCACAGCCCUUUGAAAUUAGAGUAUCUACAGAAAAUGAAGGGAAUGUAAAAGUUAGCUUCCCACUCACGCUGGUUGGCAAAAUUGACUUCCGAAACAACUAUGGUCUCCUGCUGAAUCCUUCAAGUCAACAAGUCAGCUGGGCAGCUGAAGGCAGAUUUAAUCAAUACAGAUAUGCCCAUAACAUCUCUGCUGGUAACAAUGCAGAUAGCAUGCAAGCUUUGGUGUCCAUGAAUGGUGAUGCUAACUUGGACUUCCUAAACAUUCCUGUCUCCAUUCCUGAAAUCCAUGUGCCGUAUAUUGAUGUCAGAACACGUCAGCUAGUAAAAUAUUCACUGUGGGAGGAAACGGGCCUCAAGAAUUUGCUGAAGACUACAAAGCAAUCAUUUGAUUUAAACCUGAAAGCUCAGUACAAAAAGAACAAGGAUAUGCACUCGUUUGAAAUUCCUCUAGAUGCAGUCCAGAGAGCGCUCCAGCACUCCAUUGUGGUGUUCAACAAACAUUUUGAAAGACGUCGAGAUGACACUUUAGCUUUCCUCACGGAUUCAUAUAACAGAGCCAAGACAAAGUUUGACCAAUACAAAGUAGAUACUUCCAUUGACAGUCUUCCACGAACCUUCAGGAUUCCAGGCUACACCAUCCCAAUAGCCAACAUUGAGGUGUCUCCCUUUACAGCUGAGCUCCCAGCUUUUGGCUACGUCAUCCCAAAAGAAAUGAGUACUCCAAGUUUCACUAUGCCACUCGUUGGAUUUUCAGUGCCAUCAUAUACAUUAGUUCUCCCGUCACUAGAGCUACCUGUCCUACACAUCCCCCAAGGCUUGCGUACACUUAAGCUUCCCAGCUAUCGAGCACACAGGCCCCUGAACAGAAUUUACUUUCCAGCUUUGGGAAAUAUAACCUGCGAUUUUUCAUUAAAAUCCAGUGUAAUUACCCUGACUAUUAAUACUGGGCUUUUCAACCAAUCUGACAUUAUUGCUCGCUUAAGUUCAUCGUCCACUUCUGUGAUUGACGCACUGCAGUAUAAACUGGAUGGAACAACUAGUCUCACAAGGCAAAGGGGGCUGAAACUUGCCACUGCAUUGUCCGUGAACAAUAAAUUUAUACAGGGGAACCAUGACAGCACCAUCAGUCUCACAAGGAGAAACAUAGAAGCUGCGGUGACGACGACGACAAAAAUCAACACCCCCAGCUUAAAAGUGAAUUUUGGGCAGGAGCUGAAGGGAAACACGAGAUCCAAGCCUAUCAUUUCUUCAGUUAUGAAUGUGAAUUAUGUUUUUGACAUGCCCGUCAUUGGCACCAACGCUAAAGGAGCAAUCGACAACAAGUGCACGCUAGAAAGCCUAACAUCUGACAUUGCUAUAGAAACAGCCACCAAUGGUUUCAUUGAUGGAGUAUUUCAUGAGGUAAAACCAUUUUCUGGAAAGCUGCUUCUGGAAGCAAACGCCUUCUUAAACACUAAAGGUAUCCGUUCCGGUGCCAAGUUUGAGUGUAACUCUAAAGUUGAUCGAACCUGGAAUCUGAAUAUCGACAAUAACAUUGCCAUUGAAGCAUCCCUCCGUCGUUUUUAUGUCGUUUGGGACGACAACAAUGAAUACUCUCUGCAGUAUCGUCCAGUAAUUAACCUGAAUGGAAAGCAUGGUGGCAAAUUAACUUCAGAAAUAACUCCCGAGAGUCUGUCAGCAAUCCUUCAGAUCUAUAAUACCCUUCCUCAGGCUUCAGUUAAUGAAGUUCUUUCAGUGACUGUCAGUACUGAACAACAGAAAAUUGGAUGGAAGAGCGAAAGCCAAAUUUUCCCUCUGACACUUGGACAUGACUUGCAGUUAGCAAAUACCAAAACAGAAGUUCGAUUUGAUCUAUCUGGAUCUUUAGGUGGGCAUAUAGGUUUCCUGAAGCGUAUUGUGUUACCAGUUUACAACAGGAAUUUAUGGGAUGUCUUCGAAUUAGAUCUUACUGCUAAGGCUGGAGAGAGGCAAUAUCUGAAUGCAUCAACUGCCAUAAUAUACACCAAAAAUGAGGAUGGUUAUUUUUUCCCUAUAAAUGUGAAUCCAUUGUCUGAUGGAUUUUCGCUUACAAUUCCAGAAAUGGAACUGAAAGCUCCAAAACCUAUGAUCACAACUCCAGCAUUCAAUGUUCCUUUUACAACUCACCAAGUUCCCUCUUAUACCAUUGACCUACGUGAAAUAAAAAUCCCUGAAAAACUCAGCACCAUGCCAUUUGACAUCGGAUUCCCUUCACUGCCGAAAAUGCAGUUUCCCCAAUUAGAUGUACUAACCAGCUACAUUGAUACAGAAGGAAGUAAACAUCCCUACUUCGAAUUGACUGUACCUGAGUAUCUUUUAACUUUAUCCGAAUUUACUCUUCCAAAGACAAUUUCUAUAGGCAAUAAAGUUGUGGAUUUGAAUGCCGUGGCCAACAAGAUAGCUGACUUCGAUUUGCCGACAAUCACAAUCCCAGAGCAGCGGAUUGAAAUUCCAGCUUUCAAACUUGCUGUGCCUGCCGGAAUUUACUUCCCCAAAUUUGGAGCUUUGAGCAGUUCUUUCAAAGUUGCCUCUCCAGUGUACACCUUCACCGGGAUCUUGGGCUUCAAAAACAAGGAAGACUCUUUUGAACAAUCCGUUGAUUUUACUGCAAAUUCACCUCUGCAAUUUCUGGAGUAUGACCUAGAUGCUUUGACCACCUACACUUACAAAAAUGGCUCCUACACUGAAGCAACUCAAGGCACCCUAUCGCAUCGCGACCUGAGUGCAGACUUUAAAUCCAUUUAUGGAAUGCAAGGAUUCAGCAUUCCCAGCUACACAUUUUCUCUGGACAUCAUCAGCCCCACCUUCACUGAUGCCCAAGUGCGCUACGAAGGACAAAGCUCAGGAAUUUAUUCUUCGGUGUCUUCCUCUUCUGCUGGUACUCUUGGUUUUGUCAUCAACCAGGAAUCUGAUGCCCUUAAGGGAAAACUUUUCUAUCGACCUCAGUCUGACCCUCAGAAUGAUGUCGACAUCGUGAAAAGUGAGGUAUCAUUCAAACACCCUGAUCUGAUUCAAGUCAGAACCAGCUGGAAAGAGGACGAGGCCAAGGAGUUGCUCCUCAGUUUAAAAGAGAAAGUACCCAAAAUGGCUGCUGCAGUGUACAACAGUGUUAACAAGUACCAUCGCCAGCAUAUGGGGAUGGACAUCAACACUGCUGGUUUCAAGCUGAAGGAGGAGCUGAAAACCACCGCUGACCAGGCUUUCCGAAAAACUUUAGAAAGCAUCGAUCAACUCGAGAACCAUCUUGAUGCGGUCACCGACCAGGCCACAGCGAAGUAUGAAGAUAUGAAGAGGAAAACCAUCAAACUGUAUCGAAGAGCUGCAGAUCAAGCGAUGCAGCUGGACUACGACCAAGUGAAAAACACCAUUUUUGAUAUCAUAAUGGAUAUAAUACAGGAAUACCAGAAAAGGAUGAAGCACCUUAUCGACUCUGCCAUUCAGUUCUUGAAGGUAACCAAGUUCCAGGUGCCAGGGUUGGCCGAGAAGCAUACCGGUGAAGAACUUUAUCUGAUGGCCAUGUCAACAUUGGCAGAAUUUACAGACAGGCGUAUUUCAGAGGUCCGAGAACAAUUUGAGGCUCUGGUUAAGUAUGUCAAUGAGCUGGAGAUUGAACUUCCAGCUUCUAGCAAAAUCAUCAAAGGUAGUGAUAUGCUUAAUGAAAUUAAAAUAUUUCUAACUCACAUACAGGAGAAAGCCAGUCAGAUAUUUAUUGGUCUUCGAGAGAUCGACUUUGCAGAAAAGUUAAGAGAGCUGAAAGGAUUAGUCCAACAAAUCUUCCAAAAGACGGAAGAGCUUAUCAGAAAUUUACAGUCCCAUGACUAUGAAUAUAUUAUGGCCCAGGCAAAAUCAGUAUCCACGGAUGCCUUAGAAAAGCUGAAGAACUUUGCGCAGGAUAUAAAGUAUUUGCUUCCUCGCUAUGUUAACAUUAUCCAGAAUACCUUGCAACAAGUCAUCUCAAAACUAGAGGAAUUUCUGCACUAUUUGAAGGAUCUUCAGGAAAAAUAUAUGAACCCAAGUGUGGCUGAGUGGUUCAUCAGGCUGGAAGACAAUGUGAUAGAUUGGCUAAAGAAUCUUCUUGGUACUGUGGUGGAGUUGAAUGACAAUUGCGUUAAUGCUGCUGCUGACUUUGUGUCACAUGUCACAGAUCGAGUGCAGGAAUUUGUGGCACACCAUGGAAAUGUCGCUGAGCUCUCAAAAUCUGCUCGUGAUAAGAUCCUGUACUGGUCAGAGGUUGCUAAGAGAAGUGCUGUUGAACAAAACCAAGAAGUCAAAGCAAAGCUACAGGAGGCCUAUGAGAGUUUUAGUGAGUCGUAUGAUGGACUGAUUGCUGGAACAAAGAAAUUGAUCGACCUGACAAUAGAAAACUAUGCCGCAUUCCUCCAAUACCUCAAAGAACUUCUUGACCGGUUUGAGCAAGCAACCGCGGAUGCUCUGAGGCCCUAUGUAGUUGUCCGACAAGGAGAAAUCGGACUUGACAUCCCAAAGCCAUUUGCGUGGCAGUUUAGUGAGGAAGAGCUCAGGAAAAAAGUCGGAUUAGCACAUGAACUGAUUCAGCAAGGCGUUGAUCAAAGCACCAAGCAAUGGGAAGAACUGCAAAGAUUAAUUGGUCAAAAGAUGGAGGAGAAUGUGUAGAGUCACAUCCAAUCUUGAGCACAUGAACAGAAGGGAAAGAUUGUGCAAGUUCUUAUCUUGCCAUUUGUAAAGCCAACAGCAAUUGACUGCUACUUUUCCUAUUUGGAGAGUCAAAAAGCUAUUCUCUACAUGGAAGGUGAAGAAAUGUGCUGGUUAGCCUAAUGCUCUGCAAAAGCCAAUAAAUGAAUUCUUAAUGACAUUCCAGUGUCCUUUAUUAAAAACUGUUUCCUUUCACGUCAUAGAUCGUGAUGCAGGGUUGGUUAGAGCAAAUGGAAGGUCUUAGCCAUGGCUACAUUCAGAGGAUCUAGAGUCAGUCUGCUGUUGGGCCGUUGGUUCUGUAAAGAGUCUCAGUCAAAGCUCAGACCCAUAGGGAUUGAGAAGCAGCCUAGAAUGCAAAGGUUACCCAAGAGCCAGUGAAGGCAUGUCUGUAGCUUACAAAUAAUGUUUGAAUGGACAAAGUAGCAAGUAUAGCCAUAUCCUUAUGCAUUGAGUUGGGAGGGAGAUGGGUGAGAGAGUAGAGCUGGGUUGGAAUCUGUGCACAGCACACCCCCCCCAAAAAAAUUUCAAAGAUAUUUGCAGUCAAACUAAUCCCUCUGUGAGGAAAGCAGAAUGCUGUCAUUUCAACCAGAAAUUAGUCUCUAACCAAAAUAAAUCAAGGAUCAGCCAUUUUCAUUUUCUUUCUCAAAAGUCAGUGUUUCCUGGCCUUGUCAAUCGUAUCUCUCCCUUCUCUUGUCACUGUUAAACAUCCAUUCUUUUGAUCCAGUCCAAGGUCAAACCAAGGUUGUCACAGUCUUGUUCUGAAGGAUUCUGUUCUGCAAACGUGUUGCCUGUGCUGGUGUUGUGUGGCCGAGGAAACGAUCAACAUGUGCAAUUCCUUUUACUGUUAGAGGAACAUAACAGGACAAUGUACCCCCUCACGAGCUUUUCCUCUGCUGUUCAGAUACUAAAGUCACAUAAGCCCAGUUUGGCCCAGAGGUUGACAACCUGUUAGAAAGAUCUGAUUAGAUAAGACGGUCUGAAAGCAAAAUAUUUCGGCUUACUAAUUUAUUUGGCUUUAUAUUAAGCUUUUGCGAUGCUAUGUACAUACUAGGAAAAGGACCUCGAGGGUUCAAAAUAAUGGGCUUUCCUCAUUUCUUUAGCAAAAUAAAUUCAUGUUGCUGUGUCUCUAGUCAUUAUGUAUGCAUGUGUCUUUUAAUUAAACUAUUCAUUCUGGGA